GGCAAUCUCUUCUUCGCAUCAUAUGUGUAUGAUAAUUUCGAUGUUGACCUCAAAACACAUGUUCCGUCAGCCGAGAAGUCCAAUGAGUCGCUGAAACAUCUUACCUCUGGUUUGAUGUUUCCACUACAGCAUGGGGUCACUACUGAUGACUUGAAAUUUCCUGAAGAGCUCUGG